AUGUCCUGCCUGACAUCUACCCCGACUUUUCUUGCUGUUCCAGAACUGAAGCAUCCAGACCGUCACAGUGAUGUGGAAAGCACUGUGGCGAAUGAGCACAGCGACAUUGAAAGUGUCGAGGACUCUUGCCCUUCUGAAGUCCCAUCGCCGCGCUCCAGUGGUACGGCUGACGCGUGCGAAGACGAGGAGGGCCCAUGCAACGUGGUUGUGAGGAGUACGUUCAUCGAUGUGGAUGAUGGCCGAAGCCUGAUGCAGCGAUACAGGCAGCUGCGCCGAGCGAUGACUGAUUCGCUCUUGGUGGGAGCCUUUGCCGAGGAGGAGCCGUACUACCCAGGUAGAUUCAGCGACGAACGAGCUGAGGCGCCGGAGGCUGCUACUGCUAGUGAGCCUUCUGUGCCGGCAGUACCGGUGGAGGCAGCACCGCAGCCGGCAAAAGCGACGACACAGAAGGACGCCAAGCACGCGACUGGUGAGCGCACCACCGUGAUGCUGAGGAACGUUCCAAACAAUUACAAUCGUGACAUGUUCCUGGCCAUGCUGGACGAGCAUGGCUUUGCCGGGCGCUACGACUUCGUCUACCUGCCCUGCGACUUCUACCGCCAGGCCAACCUUGGCUACGCCUUUGUGAACCUCGUGGACGACGCGGCCGUCGACGCCCUGUGGCAGACCUUCGACGGCUUCUCGGGCUGGUCCCUUCCCACGGCGAAGGUUUGCCAGGUGAGCUGGAGCGGCCCGCACCAAGGCUUCAAGGCGCAUGUGGAGCGCUACAGGAACAGCCCUGUGAUGCACCGAAGUGUGCCAGACGAGUACAAGCCUGUCAUCUUCAAGAACGGUGUGCGUAAGAACUUCCCACGACCCACCAAGAAGGUCAAAGCACCGACUGCUGGCUUCUGA